GGGAAAAUGACGAAACUUGACAAUUUGUAGAACUAGCAGAAGUCUCCUUGGUCGUAGGUACGCAGGUGUAAACGUCAAACGUUUGUUUUCUUCCGCGGAUCACAUGGCGAUGGCAAAUUACUAACUCCGUUACGCGAAUAUCGAAACGUCGUGAUACAGAAAUCACUUGUGACAACGUUUAACAAGCGCGAAUUUUGAUAGUAAAAAAUGGAGCUCUGCUGCGGCAAUCGCGAAAUAUAUAUUGCUGCUGUUGCUCGAGUACUGAUCAAUAGUGUAUUUGCAUAAAAUCGAUUAAUGAACCUAAACUGACACGCUCUCCGCGGCAUGAGUUUAUCAGAAAAAUACCUGCUGAGUUACGUGUGCGAGAAUAAAUUGAACAAUAAUUGAAUGUCAGUGGGGCAGAAUAAGGUACAUAUAUAAUUACUGAGUUGUGUCUACAAAGAAUCAAAUGGCUGAUAAAAACAUUGAAGCAAUCCAUAAGUUUCUUUUGGAUCAUAAUUUUGAAAGUACUGCUGAAGCUUUAAUUCAAGAAGCUUCAAAAAUGGGUUUUCAAACUUUGGAAUAUAAAUUAGGAGAAGUAACAGAUCCUUAUGUUCAACUAAUACAAUGCUACAAUACUGGAGAUUAUUCAACGUUUUUUCAAUUGUGGAAUAACUUGUUCUCCAGUAGUAUUAAACAAUGUGAAGAAUACAAAAAAUUAACAUUUUAUUUGCACGUAUACUUUGCUGUACUACCUAAACGUAAAUUACAUACCAAUCAAUAUAAAAAAUAUGGUAAAACAGAUAAUGAUCUACCAUCAGAAACAAAUACACUGAAAUUGUCUUCAAUAGAAAAUGAUCUUUUGGAAAAGUGCAAAGAGAACAAUGCCGUUGAAAUUGAACAAAAUAUAAACAGCAGUAUGAAGCAAUUACAAGAUUAUUUGGACGGAGAUGGCAAAGAAUUAGAAUAUGAUACAGAAUUACAGCCAUUUUAUGCAUUACCGUUUAUAGAAGAUCUGUAUACAAAUACUUAUUUCUCUAAAAUGUUAGAACAACAUUGGGCCGAUGAGCUAUUAAAAAAUCUACAUUCGUUUAUCACACGUCACAGACAAAAUUUAGUACAAGUUCAUACAACCAUGCCAGCAACAAAAACAAUAGUUAUGGAAUCAGAUGUUGCACAAAAUAAGACUAAAAAGAUAAAAAAUAAUAUACCGAUUGUGCCAAAUGACAGAGAUUUACCUAUAUUUCUAGAUCACGACGAGGAGCAGUAUUGUUUUUCUAAUAAAACAAAUUUAAAAUCAAAAAGCACACAAACGCAUAUUACUGGAAGUCAAAUUACAAUGAAUAAUUUGCCAGAAGAUAUAAUAAAUCCGGAAGAAAGUGUUAGCAGGUUGUUGAAAAUGCACAAGUCAGACAAAAGAUUGAUUCAAUAUAAUCGUGAAUUAGUAGUAACCAAAUCUCAUUUGUGUAGUAUACAUACAAAUUAUGAAAAACUAAAAAUGAGAUUUCACAAGUUGCACGCGGAUUAUCAUAAACUAAUAGAUGUUGCCGGGGAAUUAACGAUGGCAUUGGAAAAUUCAGUGAAAGGGCAAGAUGUUGAUAUACAACGAACACUCGAGAUUUGUAUGAAGAUAUUUCCAGAUUUAUUUAAUCAAAAUAUAAGAGAGACUUCGUAUCCGUCCUUGUUACAACUCGACCGUAUUGAUGUAAAAGCAAUUACACUGCCUAAACUUGAUGUCACAGCAGUACCGAUAUCUCCCAAAUUAUUAGAUUAUAAAAAGAUCAAAUUACAUCUAAUUAACGGAGAUGUAAAGACAAAGUUGUUGCUGUUACAAGCAUUGCGUUGGAAAAUAACGCUCGUGCAAUCAGCAGAACAGGAUGAAAUCCUACACGAAUAUAUAAGUCGUGAUUUGUUGGGACUUCACGGACAGAUUGCUAGCGACAACGGCAAGUCGAUUCUACCGUGUCUGUUGACAGCGGGAGAAGCUUAUGCCAGGCAUCUUUUGCAACAAUUCACUGCGCGAUUGUUAAACACCUUGGCAUCCUUCAGAUGCGGAAGAGAUUACCUAUCGGUUGGAUCCUCUGUUAUAAACGUGACCUUUGCUUGUCUCGACAAUAAUUACGCUGACGGAGUGGAUCCUUUUGCUUGUGACAUGAUGGUGGCGAUGUUACAAAAACUAUCUUUACGUAGACAGCAACGAAUAUAUAUGAUAGAGAGUGGACUGUUGGAAUGGUUGAUUAAUCAUCUACACGAUAAAUGUCGCAUCAUAAGUUUAUAUAGGCUCGAAUACGCUACUGCACUUUUAAUGAAUUUGUCGUUACAUCGGUUAGCACAAGCCAGAGCGUCCAAAAUAUCUUCAUUACUCAUGUCUACUUUGAUCGUUCUUCUCUCAAUAGAUCAUACAUCUUCAUUACCGUACAUCAAUGGAGCGCUAAACAAUUUUUUGAAUAAUCCCGUAAUCAAUGAGGAAGCAAGAAAAAUUAAGCGUUCGAAUAUAUCGGAAUAUCUUGGUAAUAAUCAGAAAUCUACGGAAAUAAGAAAGCAUCUAGAUCAUGUACUGAGGAUACAAAGAUGUGAAAAUGUUAACACACCGCAGAAUGACGAGACAGGGGAUGAUGAUAACGAAGACUUGGAUGUGUUGGAAAGUGAAUUAGACGAAAACGAUCCAUUGCAAAAUUAUAUUGGCGAAUUGAACGGAGAAACAUUGCUUGCAAUGUGUUACAGCGUUUCUUCGAAAAUUUCUCAAGAUACUGUAAACACGGAUACGACUUUACAGCAAAUAUCUACGCUGAAUUCUAUCGAUUUUUAUGGCAAUCAACACAAGAACCACGUCUGUAAUAAACAUCCAUCAUAUCAUACGCUAAGGUAUAAUAUCAAAGUGGAAAAAGAAAUAUUACCGAAAGAAAGUUAUACUAAACAAGCAAUCUUUACUAAACUGUCAGAUUUGUCCAAUUUCUCUUUGAAGGAACAACAAAUUGUCACAAACGGCACGAAAAAAUCGUUUUCUACACAUAAAGUUCAAAACAUUGCAAAAAAGAUCGUCGAUACCGAAUCUUCCUUAAUUAUGAGAUAUAAUAACCAACCAUGUAAAAAACAAGAGAAAAAUAUAACUGUAUUAAAAAAUAUAAUUUGGCCAGCAAAUGCAAUCAGAAAGAACAAUCGUUAUGAAUUUGAUUACGAUAAACAAUUUAGAACAGAAGUAAAUUCAAGAUUUAGAAUAAAUAAUAAUAUACAAUAUCAGUCCAAGUUAUGUAGAUUAGAGGAUAAGAUAAAUACAAGAAAAUUGUAUGACGAGAAAUUCAGAAAAACAAAAUUAGAAAAAUUAUCUUUAGAAACGAUGAAAUCUUUUAAGCGAAAUUUCACUGAAAGAACAAUACCCAACGAUACAAUAUAUUUAUAUAAAAAUCGGACUUCCAAGGAUAGCAGUGAAACUGCAGUAACAUCUUCUACAGUUCUUGUACCCGGUCGUGAAAAUGGCCAAGCGGAAAUUCAAGAGAAAUUCAGUAGUAUAGCAUCGCUGAAUAGUAAUAACUGUAACAACAAUAUAAUUAACGAUAUUUCAUGGAAAAAUGAUCCAGAACUUGCUAAAGAAGAAGAGGCAUUUUUAGCUAAGCCUAAAUUAUCAAGGACUCCUCCAUGA